GGCGCCCCGCCCCUCCCGCGCCGCGAGGGCCGCGCCGGGGCAGGCCGGCCGCAGGCGCUCCGAAGCGGUGGCCGCCACCGCCGCCCACGUGCCCCCGGCCCGCGCCCCGCGCCCGCCGCUGCGGCCUGCGACCGGCCGGGACCAUGCACACGCCGGGCUCCGCGGAUGCGGGCCAGGCGCGCCCGGUGAACAUCGUGGAUAUCUGUGAGUCCAUCCUGGAACGGAAGCGGCAUGACAGCGAGGGCUCCUCAUGCGGCAUCUGGGACCAGACGGACAUUGAAGCUGUCGAGGCUCUGGUGUGCAUGAGCUCCUGGGGUCAGAGGUCCCGGCUCGGGGGCCUCUCCAGGACAAGGCCCCUCACGCCAGUCUCAGACCCUGGGGAUGCUGCCCCGCCAGAGCUGCCCAAGGACUUCCCUUCCUUUUCGACUCUGUGCAUCACUCCUCCUCAGAGCCCGGAUCUGAUGGAGUCAUCCACGGGGACCCCCUUCCCUCCCCACGUGACUGACUGCAAAGCACGGACCACCGGGGCCAGCCCCCUGCCUGCCGCUGUGGCGGCCAGAGGCCUGAGCGGGAGUGCAGAGAUGGGCGUGCCAGGUUCCAGGCCAGACUCUCCAGAGGCAGUCCCUGGCACCCCAUGCCGCGCCAUGGUGACCAGCGUGAUCCGCCACACUGGGGAGGUCCCUGUGCCUGCCCACCUGGUCACUGCCCAGACGUCAGAGCAGCCACUUCUCCCCAUGAGGGAUGGAGGAGCGCAGUGCCCAGAGCCCUCUGGGGCUCUGCCACAGCCACACCUCACGGACAGCGACAGUAUACUCAGUGCCACCUCGGGGUCCUGUGGGCCAAGCCUGCACAGGGCUGGCGGCUCCCUGCCCAGUGGCCAGAGCCAGCAGGUGGCACAGCCCACCACAGUACAGAUCUGCUCACCAAAGAACCGGGAGAAGGACUUACUGAGGAGAGCUGCCCCCCUGAUCACCGUGCCCGUCCCCAGUCCCCCCGUCCUUUGCCAAAUGAUCCCUGUGCCUGGACCCAGUGGCGUGGUGCCCACUUUCUUGAAGCCUUCUGCACAGUUGGCAGCGGGCACUGUCAAGCCCAUCCUUCCCCAGGCAGCCGCCCUGCCCCAGCCCGUGCUCGUGGGCCCACCUGUGCCCCAGGGCGCGGUGAUGCUGGUGCUGCCGCCUGGCGCGCUGCCCCAGCCCGCCUCCUGCUCGGCCAGCGUCGUGGCUGUCGGGAGCACCAAGCUGCUGCCUCUGGCGCCUGCUCCAGUCUUCAUCACCUCCAGCCAGAACUGUGCCCCUCAGGUAGACUUCUCCCGAAGGAGAAACUACGUUUGCAAUUUCCCAGGCUGCCGGAAGACGUACUUCAAAAGUUCCCAUCUCAAGGCUCAUCUCCGCACCCACACAGGGGAGAAGCCGUUCACCUGCAGCUGGGACGGUUGUAAUAAGAAGUUCGCGCGCUCUGAUGAGCUGUCUCGGCACCGCAGAACUCACACGGGAGAGAAGAAGUUUGUGUGUCCAGUCUGUGACCGGCGUUUCAUGCGCAGUGACCACCUGACCAAGCAUGCCCGGCGCCACAUGAGCACCAAGAAGGCCCCAGGCUGGCAUGCGGAGGUCGGCAAGCUGAACAGGAUCACCACAGCAGGCGGCCCCCGGGGCCCCCUCGCCGUCAUGCCCGCCUCUGCCUAG